GUGUUAAGAAUUUUUACAUUUUAUUUAUGUUGUGAAAUAUUUGCUGUUACGAAUUUUAUUUUUUUAACAGAAAGUUUCCUAAAGACAUCUUAUAUUAAUAUGCUUUUCAUUUUGUUAUAAAAUGUAUUGCCUUGAACUUUACUUAUGUAGCAGUGACCUGGGGCAUAAGGUUGAAUAAAAUAGUGAUUGAUUUAUAAAAAGUUGAUCUAGAAAUAAUGGAAUGUACUGCGCGAUAAUGCUGAAAACUGAAAAUAACAUGUAGUUGAUCAAAUACAUCGUUAGAGAGCUUGUGAAAUGGUAACACUAUUAAGCGAGCUACAUUUUUGGACAACCCAAGAAGAUGUUAUUAUAAAACACACCGAUUAUGGUUCUUUUAAGUACUAUAAUAAAAAGGAUAAUACUGACAGUCCUGCCGCACAAAGUAAAAAACAGUAUUGUGAACAGCGUGGUAUGAUAUGGAGUCCUAUUAAUAAGAGGCCGCAAAAGUUAAGGGAUAAACUAAAAGAAUUGGAGGAGUAUCUGAUACAUAAUAGGAUAGUAUUUUUUACCUGGGAUGAAAAUAAGUUAAAACUUUUACUUUCUACUGGAUUAUUAGUGAAUAUUGCUGUAAAUAAUGACACAAGCGAUAUUACCACUAUUACUUUUGACAAACAGUUGUCUGCCAAACUACAGGUCAACAUAAUAUGUGAUGGUAUAAUUAUAGAUAAUCAAGUUAUAUGUAUUUGCAACGAUGGCCAUGUUUUUGGUUUCGGAGGCCAGUGGAAAGAUGGAUGGGUGUUGGAAGGUGGGCCCCGAAGGAAACUUUAUUAUCAUGGAGAUUGGUUAGCAGUGUGGGGCAAAGCUGGUGCUGAACAUCCUCAGCCUUGGAGUCCUCUAGCAAAAGACUAUCAGAGAGCAAAUUUGCAUCUUUAUUGGAUAGGGGCUAGAGAUCCAGAACUGUUAGCUUAUAAGAAGACUGAUGGUGAACCUUUACAGGUUGUUGUUAGUAAAACAUGUAAUCGUACAUUGAUUGUAGUGGAGCAAAAAUUGACUCAGAGAGGUGCAGUUUCCGCUGAAGUGAGCAAUUUCGAAUUGGUUGGGAAUCACCUAAAACGAAUAUCAGUUACAUCAGUUCCCUUACAAAACCACAUAGUCUGCUCUGCUUUGAAUAGUACCGAGGAUAGACUCUUGAUCUCAUGUAUAGAUGGCUCUCUUGCUUUACUCGAUCGUAAUAGAGGAUCCACCAUAACGGUUAAGGCUGCUUUUAUCCCUACAUUUGCAGCAUGGCAUUCUCAAGGCGCUGUAGUAGCCAUAGCUAACGAUCGAGGCCAAAUGCAGUAUUACGAUACCGCUUUAAACUGUAUAAAGAGUCAAAUCUUAGGGGAAGAUUGCACUCCAGCAGCUAUCAUAGAUCUCUCUUGUUACUUCACUGUGCAGUUUUGUGUGGCUUCUAUCAAUUGGGGACCCAGAGAUCUGGUUUUUUCUUUGGAACAGGGUCCUGUAGUUGUCGUGACGCACGUUGAAGGCUCUCUAACGUUUAAGGCUCUCGUGCAAAAAUAUUUAAAUAUGGGGAGAGUGGACAAAGCCAUUAAGUUAUUAUUAAGUUGGGAGUUUAAUGAGGAAAGUUUUUAUGUACUGCAAAGGGUGGUUGCCUAUUUGAUGAGGCAGCCUUUGACGGAAGACGUGGCUCAGCAUUUACAGAACGCCUUAGGUAGUUUCCAUAACAGUCCUGUUCCGAUAAGGCCACAGAUAAGGCAUCGGUUUGGAAGUCAGGUAUUUUCCUUAACCAGGAGAUUUUUUCAUCAGCUGGUUAGGGCAAAUAUGUUCGAAACAGCAUUUUUAUUAGCAGUCGAUGUUGGUCACCAUGAUUUAUUUAUGGAUCUCCAUUAUAUCGCAUUAAAAAUUGGGGAAAGCGAAAUGGCAACUGCUGCAAGAGCACAAGCAUCUACAUUGUUGAGUAGGUGUUCAAGUGAAGUGUCAAACUGUUCUCGUUCGUCCUGUUCGCAAUGCAGCGAUUCGGAAAGUAGUUCUAGCGAAGAAUACAAUUUGUCCAAUAAUCAGAAAGAACAAGUCAAACCACUCAAAAAUAAGACUGAGAACAUACCGCCCCUUCCUUUAAAUUCGGAUUUGACGACUACUUUCAGCCAGCCCGAUCUAACAACUUACAGGCCCAUUAUAGAAAAGGAAAGUGUUGCAACGGCUUCCCAGGUGCUGGAACAUUCUAGAUUAAGUUUUACCCCCAGGGCUACAUACGUUAAGGCCCCGCAAGUACCUAGCAGCUUUACGAAACUUAAUCUGUCAAAUAAUUCGAAUAUUCCUGCUCCUCCUUUACCGUUUACCCCACCAAUUCCAAAUUUGCCUAGUAGUUCUAUGGGAAUACCCUACAUGCAGAAUUCUGCGACUCCUAAUGCAACUUUUCAUAACCCCAGUGCCUUUGCUUACACACAGCCAAAAUUUUUACCAUACAAUAAUUUUUAUAAUGCCGGUAUGUCACGUAGUACCUUUCUGUCUGGUAGUAUGUCUAAUAUAAAUAGCUCAAAAAUGCCUCAGAACUCCACUCUUUACUCAGCGUUUAGCUCAUCGAAUUUAUCGGUGAAUAAUAUAAAAAAGUCUUUUACGUCGAUCAAUAAAGUUCUUCCUCCUCCUUUGCCAAAUUUGACCGGUAAUAUCAUACAGAUCAACAAUCAUGUCGAGACAGUAGUUCUGUCGUCCAAUUUAAAUCAUAAUUACGGGAACAACACAUCCAGUGCAUUAUCCUCUUCAUCUGAUAGCAGUUCUACAAAUGCCAGCGGCAAAAAACAUCAGGCGAAGGUCAAGUUUUCUGAUACAGUUACUGCUUUUAUUGUUCCCGAAAUAAAAAGACCACAGAGGCCUCCUCCACCUCCUCAUGUUACGGACCCUCGAAAGGAACUAGCUGACAGUCUACCACUUUGCCAUCCUAACGAGGAUUAUUUGAAAGAUUUUACGCCUGUGAGGAAAGAAGAUAAUGAAGAAUCAGAAGGGGGACAGUCUAAGAUCAAAGUGGUUCAUUUUGGGGUUGUAUAAUGUUCUUUUAGAAGAUACUCUUUAGUUUGUGAUAAAAAAACAUCGAGUAUGUUGUUUUUAGGAAAAUAUUUUUUUGCACUGCCCAAGAGUUACCUUUUUUCUAAUUUACAAUUUUGUCAGUUCAGUGCCGAGUAUAAUAUAGGAUAGGUUUUUAAAUAUUUUUUGACUGAAUUGUACAUGAAAUUUAUUUUUUACAAGAACAUACAAAAAUUAAAUUGGAAAAAUUAGCCUAAAAUAAUAUAUAUUUUCAUAUAAAUAAUAAAAUAAUAUUUGAUGAAGUAUACAGGGUCAAUUUUGAAUGGGGGUCAUAUUUUUAUGGAGGCCAUCUUUGAUUUUUAAAAACGCAUAAAUUUGUGUUCUUCAAUUCUGUUGUGAAAACUGAAUGUUUGGCCAAGUGGUUACAUUGAAUGUGAAUUUGUGGUGUAUCAGUAUUUGUUUCUUAGUCAGUUCUCAAAGUUUAUGUAAGGCAGAAAAAAACUGAUUCAUUUUGUUUAACAUUGUGAUAUUACUUACAUUACACGAGUCAAAUUUAUUUUCACACUAUUUGUUAAUAAUUUAUUUGUUUCAGUCUGAUUUUGUGCAGAUUUCCAAUUUUGGAAGGCUGAAAAUUUUCUUUGGAACACUGUAACUUUUAUAAGACGGAUAUAAAUUAGAUCCAUAAAGAAAUUUUUCAGAAGGUGCACAAACUGGUACAGUUGCUACAAUACUUGUCGAGAUAGAAUUCCAAGAACGCUUUGAAGAAACACACGUUCCUAACUGCAAAACAGUAUGGACUGCAAGCUGCUACGAUGAACCCCAUGCCAAUGUCUUUCCGUCUCGGGCGUCGAACACGGUUAAUUCCAGGAAGGGUUUUCUAUCUCCGCAAAUAUCGCAUGGACUGUAAAUAAGAUUUUAUCUUAAUUUGCAUUAUUGCCAAUUAACAUGGGUAAUUUUGUUAAAGUAAAAUAAAAGUUAAUUUGUUUUCAAUAUCUAAAGAAGUCGAAAAUGGGAAACAGUUAUAAACCAAAAAAACUUUAAAUAUACACUUCGCAACAAAAUUAUGGCAACAAAAUUUUUCAUUGAAAUUUUGCCAUUUUUCUAAUGCACAUAACCGUCAAAUUUCAUUGUAUCAAAACGAUUUUUUUUUUCAUUUUGUAGGUUAUUCUGCAAAUAUAUGCGAAAUGGAUGCAAGUCGAUGCUGCAUCUCCAUGUCCCGAUAAACCUCAAGCAUUUUUUUUUCUUAAAAAAUUUGAUUGCUUGACGCAUUACCUGGAUCGCCCCGAUUUUUUUUCGAAAAUGACACCAUCCAUGUGACCAGUUAUGCCAUUUUGAAGUUAUUCAUGUUUUUAACAAAUACAAAAUGAGAAAAAAAAUAGCAUUAGAAAAAUUUUGUUAUGCAGUGGUUUGUAUAGGGGCAUUUCACGCCAAAUCGAACACUUUUAACUCUGAUCCAUUCGAUUUGGCUGAAACUUUUUUAUUGUUUUCAUUGAAAACCUGAUUUUUUUCAAAUUUUCUCAACCAAC